AUGGAUUUCAUGUAAUCUCUUGUUAAUACGUAACUAGAUUGUGAAAGACGAGUAAUCGUAUACGGUUGGUGUAGCUUUUCGCACGAUCGUAUUUGUUUUUGAAAAAACAGCGAAAUUCUUUGGGUUUCGAAAUGAAAACAAAUUUUGGCAUUCUGUCGCAAACAAGCAAAAAAUAAUAUUUUUUUUUGUAAAAUCCGUAAGUUUCACAGUGUUAAAAAAUGGCGCUGAGUGAAAUUGGGCUGAAUUCAGGGAUGGGCACACAUGUGUUUAUGCAAUGUGUGCAUGGCAGAAAAAAAGGGAGAUCCAAGAAAUCAGCCCAAUUUGCAUACUCGGUGGAGUAGCUCGGUCCUAUUUCUUUCAGCCCAAUUUCCAUGAAGCCAAAAAUGAGUGUGGAAGUAAUAGAAGAAAAGACAGUGGACAUAAACGAAUCGCCAGAAGAUAGCGACGGCGACAAGGAAGAAGUACGUUUAUUUUUUGCAGAAUGGAUUGUUUUCAUAAUUGUUUUCUUAAUAGGUUCGAUUAAUCUGUUGCUUUUGCUCUGAAAGCUUUGCUUUUAUUUUUAUUCUAUUUUUUCUUGAUUUAGGCCCGGGCUAAGAAGUUGAGGAAAAGAAAGUCUAAAAAUGAUGAUUGGGCUAAGUUGGGUUAUAAGAAACCCUGCUAUGCGGAGGACAGAGAACGGGAAAGACAGUUGGCAGCUAUUGCAACUAGAGGAGUAACGCAAUUGUUCAAUGCUGUAGCCGAAAGACAAAGGAUUAUUGAUGAGAAGUUGGAUGAGUUGGAGAAGACGAAGAUCAGGUCCAAGCGACAUGAAUUGUUAACGGAGCUUAAGAGUAACGACUUCCAUUCGCAGCUGUACCGACAGAGAAAACCAAAGGUAGACUUUUUGGCCAUCUUCUCUUGGUUUAGGUGUUGUAACACUCGGCUUGGGAUGUCUCUUUUAUCGUCGUACCUCAUCUCUCCCUCUUCGUAUGCCUUUUCACAGGACGGGGGGAGAAGAUUAGUGUUGUGACGAAAGCGAGAGACAUUUUUCUGGGAUGUAAUUAUACCGCUUUCGCAGGAUUGGGGCACUUGUUUUAGACAAACUUAAAUUAAUAUCUUAAUGUUUCAGACCGAGGAAGACGAGGUGAAGGAGGAAAUCAAGGAGGAAAUUGGCGAAGAGACUGAGGGCGAAGACGAUGAUAUCAUUGCUAUAUAA